GCGUUCUCCCUCCAUUCUACCGACGUGGAACGUAGAUGAUUCUGUGGUGGAAGGGUGGAAGUCGAUUGGUCUAUAAAAUUUUGUCACUUUAAGACGUGUCACGGUGUCAAAACUGUAGACGUUUGUCGGACUAGCAAAUUGGACUUUUUCUACUUUUCAUUUAUCUUUGAAUUUUGCAUUAUUUACUAAAAAUGGCUCCAAAACAAAGGAUGCGCAUUGCCAACGAGAAAGCUAUGAAGAAUGUGACCCUGAGAGGAAAUGUUCCAAAAUCAACUAAACCAAGUCAGGAUGGUCCUGCUGUGGGGCCGUGGCUGUUGGCUCUUUUCGUUUUCGUAGUUUGUGGAUCAGCCGUCUUCCAAAUAAUCCAAUCUAUUCGUAUGGCAUAAAAAAUUAUAUUGUAAUUACUCAAAGAUAUCUGUUAAUAUAUUUUCAACAAUUGUUUUGUGCAAUACAACUAUGUGGUUUUAAUUGAAUUUGUAUAUUAUUGUGAAAUACGACUAGGUAGUUAUUUGAAAAUUACCCUAGUAUAGUCAUGUCCAGAAAAUUUAGCAUUUAAUUUUGUGCACAAUUCAGAUUUAUCAUUCCAUUGUGACAUUUUAUUUGAAACCAAUGUAAUUGAGUCUAUUUUUUGAAUAUAUUUUAAUUUUCCA